CUGUGAUAAAAGCAUCUUAGAUCAGUGCUGCUGCUUUACUUCUCUGCUGCUGCUGCUUCAGAUCAUCCUGUCAUCAAAGGUUCAAGUGUCGUCCACUCCUCAUCCUAUCAAUGUCCACCAUGUCCAACUGCAUCAGGACAGAGAACCAGGCCAGGGCUGCAUUCCAGUCAGCCAGUAAAAGGCCGGACCCCAAAGACCGGGUGGAGUACUACAACUCCUGGGCUGAAACCUAUGACAAGGAUCACACCCUGGUGAGCUACAGUGCACCUGAGCUGGCCGUCAACUUCCUGUUUGAACACUAUAAAGGAAAUCCUGAAGAAGCGCUUGUUCUGGAUGUUGCCUGUGGGACUGGAUUGGUGGCUAAAAGGAUGAAUCAAUUGGGUUUCAGACACUUUGUUGGAGUGGAUGGCAGUAAAGGCAUGCUGGAUAAGGCUAAUGAUACCGGUCUCUACCAGCAUCUGGAACACACCCUACUGGGUUCAGAACCACUACCUGCAGAACCUGGUAAGUUUGAUGUGGUGAUGAUUGUUGGUGCUUUACGUCCUGGUUUGGUACCAAUCAGCGUCAUCGAGGAACUCUACAAAGCUGCCAAACCAGGCGCCUACAUUUGCAUGUCGAGGGUCAACCCGAUACCCGAGGAUGCAGAUGAAUACAAGGACAAGAUGGAGGCACUGCUGAAGCUGAUGGAGGAUCAGCAUCUUUGGUCUCACGUGGCGACACAAGCCACAGACAAAUACAUGAAGGACCUUUACCAUAACUGUGACAAAGAAGUGGACGAGGACCACUACCUCACUGGAACCUUGUACCUCUUCAAGAAACACUGCUCAGCCUGAGCACCAGAGGCUACAUCUGAACAUCAGAAGAUCUGAUGACAGCAGAUUUAAUAUCGAUUCAAACACUGUGAUAGAAUUAAAAACAAUAAAGUGUUUUCAAUCGGUGCUGCU